AUGGUAACAUUAAAUCAAGCUAUAAGAGGUAAAAGAAUUAAAAAAAGAAAAUAUAUAAAAUUUCCUAAUUUAUAUGGAUGCCCACAAAAAAAAGGUGAAUGUAAAAAAGUUUAUAUAGUUACUCCUAAGAAACCAAAUUCUGCUCUUAGAAAAGUAGUUAAGGUAUUUAUAAGAAAUAAAAAUAAAGAAAUAAUAGCUUAUGUACCUGGUGAAAAUACUAAUAUAAAAGAAAGAGAUAUUGUAUUAUUUAGAGGAUGUAAUGUUAAAGAUUUGCCAGGAGUAAAAUAUAAAAUUAUUUUAGGAGCUAAAGAUACAGAUGUAGUAUGUUCUAAAUUAAGAAAAAAUAAAGUAUCUAAAUAUGGUGUAAAAAAAUAUAGGAAUAAAUGA